GCUGCCCAGAGAAAAGUCACCGCAGCAGGACAGUGCGUUUCCUCGCUUUGACACCAUAUGCUCCCAGACGCCGGAAUGGAUUCCUGUUUUCGCGCACUUUGCAUGACUUUUGUCCUUGCCUCGUUCAGCCGGAGGUCAGGUGCGGUCGGACCGGUUAUCAGAUGCGAGCCAUGUGAUGUUGGAGCGCGGCUUUUGUGCAAACCUCUGCCCAAGGACUGCGCCGAGAAAGUCCGCGAACCGGGCUGCGGCUGUUGCAUGACUUGCGCGCUGAGCUUCGGUCAGCCGUGCGGCGUGUACACCGGCAGAUGUGGCUCCGGACUGACUUGUCAGCAUCAGCCCGGUGAGACGAAACCUCUGCAGGCUCUGCUGGAGGGACGGGGGAUCUGUGCAAACGCUACAAACAAGAGAGUAGCCGUCAGACCAACACCUCCGGCCAAUGAACUGCCAGCAGAAAAUGUUGACACUCAGGACGAAGAGCGGAAUUCCACCGGCUCAGGCCUUCAGAUCUUGUACAGCACCCACAGACCCAUGGCACCCCUGAGACCUCCGCUUCACCCUUUCUUCUCCUCUGCCAAGUCAGAAGUCCUGAGACGGGAGCAGCAGAAGAGAACCCAGAGCUUUAAAAUGGAGGAGCUCCCGGGACCACUCAUCACAGACCAACAAAACUUCUCUCUAGAAACCAAACAGGAGCCUGAGUAUGGUCCCUGUCGGAGAGAGAUUGAGAGCAUUCUCAGCAGCCUCAAGAUUACAGACAUUCUCAACCCCAGAGGUUUCCGCAUACCAAACUGUGACAAGAAGGGCUUCUAUAAGAAAAAGCAGUGCCGUCCAUCCAAAGGCAGAAAGCGUGGCUUCUGUUGGUGUGUGGACAAAUACGGGCAGCCUUUGCCAGGUUUUGAUGGGAAGGAGCGAGGAGACGCCCAGUACUACAACUCCGAGAGCCAAUAGGAGCGGAGC